GCUACAUGUAGGUUUGUGCAAACUGGACCUAUGCUGCCUUUGUCUGGGGCCCCUUACAACGAGCCUCAGACUGGAGGAGAUGUGGUCUCCCUCACACCAACCUGCUGCCAUCAGUGCACUCACCAGUAAUACUCCUGGUCCGAGAGAACAGCAUGGCGCUGAACCACACGGUCCUGCCCCAGGACGAUGGCCUGCCACACUAUGUUCCAAAUGGGGAUCCCUUUGCUUCCAAACUUUCCUGGGAAGCGGAUUUGGUGGCUGGCUUUUACUUAACUGUAAUUGGGAUUCUGUCCACAGUUGGAAAUGGGUAUGUCCUUUAUAUGUCUUCUAGACGAAAGAAGAAGCUACGACCUGCAGAAAUAAUGACAAUCAAUUUGGCAGUCUGUGAUCUGGGGAUCUCAGUUGUAGGCAAACCGUUCACGAUCAUCUCUUGCUUCUGUCACCGCUGGGUGUUUGGCUGGAUUGGCUGCCGCUGGUACGGAUGGGCUGGAUUUUUCUUUGGCUGUGGAAGUCUUAUCACCAUGACUGCUGUCAGCCUGGAUAGAUACCUGAAAAUCUGCUAUUUAUCUUAUGGGGUUUGGCUGAAAAGAAAGCACGCCUACAUCUGCCUGGCAGUGAUCUGGGCCUAUGCUUCCUUCUGGACCACCAUGCCCUUGGUAGGUCUGGGGGACUACGUUCCUGAGCCCUUUGGAACCUCGUGCACCCUGGACUGGUGGCUGGCCCAGGCCUCAGUAGGGGGUCAGAUUUUCAUCCUGAACAUCCUCUUCUUCUGCCUCUUACUCCCAACGGCGGUGAUUGUGUUCUCCUACGUGAAGAUCAUUGCCAAGGUUAAGUCCUCCUCCAAAGAAGUAGCUCAUUUUGACAGUCGUAUUCAUGGCAGCCACAUGCUGGAAAUGAAACUGACCAAGGUGGCCAUGUUAAUUUGUGCUGGCUUCCUGAUUGCCUGGAUUCCCUAUGCAGUGGUCUCUGUGUGGUCCGCUUUUGGAAGGCCAGACUCCAUCCCCAUACAACUGUCUGUGGUGCCAACCCUACUUGCAAAAUCAGCAGCAAUGUACAAUCCCAUCAUUUACCAGGUCAUCGAUUACAAAUUUGCCUGUUGCCAAAGUGGCAGUUUGAGAGCAACCAAGAAGAAAUCUUUGGAAGACUUCAGGCUACAUACCAUAACCACCGUCAGGGAGUCUUCCGCUGUGCUGGAAAUCCAUCAAGAGGUAUGA